UGUGUAAGUGUUUGAGAGUGUGUGUAUGUGAGAGUGUGUGUAUGUGAGAGUGUGUGUAUGUGAGAGUGUGUGUAUGUGAGAGUGUGUGUAUGUGAAUCCAGCUUCCUGAGCUCUGUCUCUGUCAGAGAGCCUCAGCACCAUGUUGGUCCUCAUUAACCGGCUCCUGGACUGGUUCCGCGCUCUGUUCUGGAAGGAGGAGAUGGAGCUCACACUCGUAGGGUUACAAUAUUCAGGGAAAACCACCUUCGUCAACGUGAUCGCGUCGGGGGAGUUCAGCGAGGACAUGAUCCCCACGGUGGGCUUCAACAUGAGGAAGGUCACCAAAGGCAAUGUCACAAUAAAGGUUUGGGACAUCGGAGGUCAGCCUCGCUUCAGGAGCAUGUGGGAGAGAUACUGCAGGGGCGUCAACGCCAUCGUGUACAUGGUGGACGCCUCUGACCGGGACAAGAUCGAGCCAUCCAGAAACGAGCUGCACAGUUUAUUAGAGAAACCUCAGCUUCAAGGCAUCCCUGUCCUCAUCCUGGGAAACAAGAGAGACCUUCCUGAUGCUCUGGACGAGAAGCAGCUCAUUGAGAAAAUGAACUUGGCAGCGAUCCAGGACCGAGAAAUCUGCUGCUACUCCGUCUCCUGUAAAGAGAAGGACAAUAUAGACAUCACACUGCAGUGGCUUAUUCAGCACUCAAAGUCCCGGAGGAGCUGAGAGGAGACGUCAUCGGUGUCCUGCGCUCCACCCUGCAGCCCCAUCCUGCUCUGAACACAGAUCUUUACCUUCAGUUAGCUUCUGCUCCUGCUUUAAGUUUGCAUAAUGCCACUAAAUGUGGUGUUUUUUUUUUAUUAGGUCAAAAACAGUCCUGGGUUUGUUUUUUUCUUGGACUCUGUUUCCUAUCUCAAAGCACAACACAGACACUACUACUCUCUUUGUCUGUAGGUUGAAUGACUCUCUGUCUUUCUCUGUGUGUGUGUCAGGGUCAUGCUCUCUCAUGCUAAAUGAAACACAAUCAGCACACUGACCUUUUUUCCCAACACUUUUCUGUCAGAGGACCUUUUUCAUACCGAACACUUAGUGAUGGAGCAUUAAUCAGCCUGGGCUUCAUUCUGUAGGUCUUAUUGGGCUUCAUUCUGUAGGUCUUAUUGGGCUUCAUUCUGUAGGUCUUAUUGGGCUUCAUUCUGUAGGUCUUAUUGGGCUUCAUUCUGUAGGUCUUAAUGUAACCCUGAAAUCAUCAUGUAAAGGCUCCUAAUGCAGUCUGUGUCUGUAGUGAGGGACAGUUAGUCUUAUUAAACCAAUAUUAAUCAUA